UGAUGAAAUAUUUACUAUUCUUAUCAAUCAUUUUGAUAGUAUUAUCUAAAAGACACCACUAACCUGAUGCUGUGUUAGAAUGUCUAUAAGGAGUUUGUAAAUAGGAAUUUGAGGUUUGUGACAACUCAACAGGUUGCAUGAAAUAACUCAAAAAAUGUAUGAGAGUAUAAGAAAGAGAUCCAUUUAAUUACACAGCUGUAUAUAUUUAUUAAUAUAAUAGGGAUUUGAUUGUUUAGAGAAAUAAAGAGAUGCAUUAAAUGUCUUUGAAUGCAUUUUCAACAAAUGCAUAGGAUUCCAUGGAGAAUGAGA